AUGGCCCGCGCGGCCCUGCGCACCUCCGCUAGAAACACAUUUGCUACGUCUUCUCGGCAAGCAUUCCGACAGCACGGCCGACGAUUUUACUCGUCGGAGUCUCCCAAGACCUCUGGCUCGUCGAGUUUGAUCUACCUGGCAGGUGCCGCCGUCGCGGGUGCUGCCGGCUACUACUUCUACACCUCAAGCGCCUCGGGUAGCAUUAAGGUGUUCUCUCCCACCAAGGACGACUACCAGAAGGUGUAUAACGAGAUCGCCAACCGCCUCGAGGAGAACGACGAGUACGACGAUGGCAGCUACGGCCCCGUCCUCGUUCGUCUCGCGUGGCACGCCAGCGGUACAUACGACAAGGAGACGGGUACCGGUGGUAGCAACGGUGCUACCAUGCGAUUCGCCCCUGAGGGUGACCACGGCGCGAACGCCGGCUUGAAGCACGCUCGGGACUUCCUUGAGCCUGUGAAAGCCAAGUUCCCCUGGAUCACCUACUCCGAUCUCUGGAUAAUUGGCGGUAUUGCUGCCAUCCAGGAGAUGCAAGGUCCCGUUAUCCCUUUCCGACCCGGCCGUCAAGACGGAGAUGCCGCAGCCUGCACUCCUGACGGACGUCUUCCUGACGCCGCCAAGGGAACCCCUCAUCUCCGUGACAUCUUCUACCGCAUGGGUUUCAACGACCAAGAAAUCGUUGCCCUUGCCGGUGCUCACGCCCUCGGUCGUUGCCACACCGACCGAAGUGGAUUCGACGGACCGUGGACCUUCUCUCCUACCGUCCUGACCAACGACUAUUUCCGCCUACUACUAGAGGAGAAGUGGCAGCUGCGCAAGUGGGAUGGCCCCAAGCAGUACGAGGAUGUCAAGACCAAGUCGCUCAUGAUGCUGCCGGCAGACUACGCCCUUAUUCAGGAUAAGGCAACGAAGCCUUGGGUAGAGAAGUACGCCAAGGACAACGACCUCUUCUUCAAGGACUUCGCUGCCGCCGUUACUAAGCUCUUUGAGCUGGGCGUGCCUUUCAAGCAGGAUACCGAGAAGAUCACCUUCAAGCCUGUUAAUGCUUAA